AUGGAGUGCUACGUUCCCAACAAUCCGCAGUUCGGGCUCGCCGAGUACGCGGCCCACGGCGAAUGCGACCCGCUGCAUUGUACCUGCCUGCAGUUCAGGGACUUCCAGGACGAUUGCUGCCAGCAAGAGAACGAAAACUGCUGUCAAGAAAAUGGCGAAGAAAUAAACGCCCUUGGGGAGAGCAUCGCCCCGUGCGACGUGACCCUCGGCGAGGAGGCAGUGGAGACUGGCUGGGGCGAGGACAUGGGAUCAUUCUCUCUGCCGCCCCUGGAGCUUGACCCGCUGCCUUCGCUGUUCCCUUUCUCGCCCUGCUCUGGGUACAACAGGAACAAUGGAGGGGAGUACCGUGAAAGAGGCGGCGGGGAGGCUGCCGACGUCCUCCUCUCGCUCAAGCACGCCGUCGUUCACGGGGAUUGCGCCGCCGAUGCCGUACCACAGAUGAUGGUGAACAGUGGCGGUGGUUACCCGUACUACGAACACUACAAUGGCGGGCCCCUGUUCCCCACCAUGAGCGUCAACGUGUCUAUGAACAUGACCAUGCACGGAUGCCCGCCUGACCAGCUCUGCUCUCAAGUCCAGUGGAAUCAGAACGCUUCAACGCCUUCGGUGAACGUUGUAUACCCACAAUCCCAAAACAUGAUCAGCCCAAACUCCUAUCCCUCUGCCACUUACUCAUUCACGGCGGAUUUUCGCGCCCCGAACCAAUCAGACCCCCUCAUCACGGCCACAUCUACCUUCAAGCCGAUCUUACAGAACACACCUAAACCAAACCCCAACUAUUCGAUAUUCCAGCAGAAACCUAAUUUCGCCGGGCAAAAAACGCCCGGUCAGAAUUUAAAGAGAACCUCUUCCAAGAUUUAUAUGCAGGAAAGUACGAAAGAACAGAUGAGCGCAGGGUACACUAUCCUGAAUCAUCAGGGACAGGUGCACUCUCAGGAGUACGGAUACUCAGCUUGCGUCAACGCAUCUGGUAAAGUGCAGAUAGGAGCACUGAGCGGGUGCUCGGAAGACGACGAGCAUAAGCCUAAUCUAUGUCGGAUCUGCGGCAAAACGUACGCCAGGCCCAGCACGCUGAAAACUCACCUCCGCACGCAUUCGGGGGAGCGGCCGUACCGCUGCAGGGACUGCAAUAAAAGCUUCUCGCAGGCGGCCAACCUCACCGCACAUGUCAGGACGCAUACGGGUCAGAAACCCUUUAGAUGUCCAAUUUGCGACCGCCGGUUCAGCCAAAGUUCAAGCGUCACCACACACAUGAGAACCCACUCCGGGGAGCGGCCUUAUCAAUGCCGGUCAUGCAAGAAGGCGUUUUCCGACAGCUCCACUCUCACCAAACACCUCAGGAUACACUCCGGAGAGAAGCCUUAUCAGUGUAAAUUGUGUUUACUCAGGUUUUCCCAGUCUGGCAACUUGAAUCGUCACAUGCGGGUCCACGGUAACACUUCGGGGGGAGUUCCGGGUUGACACUCGCAUCGGUUCUAUCUGCCAGUCAUCUACCUCUAGUGUUCAGGAACAAACCGAUGAAAGAACACAUCUCUGUAUCAGUGCAUUGAUAUGUCGAAACUUGGGAGUUUUCUUAAGCGAACUAUGUUUGACAACAAAAAGUCAUGAGAUUAAUGCUACUGUAAGGAAGUUGUCUAUCAAAAUGAGGCAGUUCCGUAGAAGUGAGUCAAGUAUUAUAAACUAUUUUAUAUAGCAAAAUGUCAUGAGACAUUAUUCGAAAUGUAUUCGUAGUAAAGAAAUUGAAGGAGGCAAAGGAGCGGAAAUGGAGAUUCGAAGACGAGACCCUUGUGCAUCAUGAAGACUUGGUGAAAGACUGUAGGUUGUCCUUGUCAAGUGAUCAAUGGAGUCAGUGAAACAGAAAAUGUGUUGCGUUGCGCUUGGGACAUUUCAAAGUGCAUCAAAGUGACAGUCGAGAUGAUAAAGAUGCAGGUGAAAUGUUAGUAGUGAGUGCAUUGAGAAGCAAUAAACAAUAAAAUAGGAUCAAUAUGCUUAUAGCACCUCUGUAAUUUUGGAUUGUCUUUCCUUUGAGUAUAAUUUCAACUGAUGUAUAACAUAACAUAUUUAUUUGUAACAUAAAACCAAUGUAAUCAUUGUAUAUGCGAUUAAGAUUGGUACCGCAUAAUUACCUAUGACUUAAGCAAAAUCGCACGUCGACCGUCCAGUACAAAAAUCAUUCAAAUUCAAUUCAAAAAUUCAAUUCUUAAAUCAUAUUUAUUCAGCUAAGCCUUUUUUAAGUACAUGUCAAAGUCGAAAACUACGCCAUUGGUUUGCAAAACUACGGCGGAAGACCUUGUGUUGGGAAGAACCGGCAAGAAACUCGGCAAGAGCUCCUUUUUUCCCAUUGUUUCAUUUCAUACAGUAUCGUCAAAUUUAUAAUGUGAAAUAGGUAACAAUAGACAAUCAACGAAUUUACUGACAAUAAGUGUAAAGACAAGUCCCAAAAUAGCAAGAAACAAUCUUCAUAACCAAUUGAACAAGUAUAUGAAAGAGAGUAAGUGCAAGGUUCUCUUCAAAACUCUUUUGAAGGCCCCCAGUUUUAAUACGACUUUUGAAAAAUAGCCCAUCUCUUUUGCAAAAAAAUACAUUUACAAUAUCGGUUGCUGUUCCCCAGAGAUAACUAAGUAUAUAGUUCUAGCAGUAGCUCCAUCAGUAAGUUGUCUUAUUUUACGUGUGUAUUUUACGAGUGAUUGUUUUUCCUUAAUACAAUUCAUAAAGUUUAUUUCUGCUCUUAUAAAUACCAUCAGGACGUAGACCAGUCACAGAAUUUUAACUUUUGAGUUAAUUUCAAAGUUUUAAGCGGAAAAGCCUUAUCAAAUUCUUUCUUCUAAGUUCUUAACUAAAUGGAACAGUUUUCAGUAAAGAAUAUUAGGAUCCUCAUGUGUCCAUGGCGGCAUUGAAAAUGGCAUGGCAUUUGAAACAUUUUAUCAUCAAUAUUGUUUUGUAAAUUUUCUAAACGUUUAUUUGUUACUGGCCUUAAUUCAACGAAUUGGGGCUAAUUAACUAACUUUAGAGUCCAUGAAGUAAAUAUGCCUCGUGUACCACAUACGGUACAUGGACUUGGCAUAACUGCUCUGCGUGGAACUUAAACACACUAAACUUUCAUCGUAUUGAAUAGAACCUUUUUUUACACUUAUUAUACCGUAUUACUUACUGUCUUCUGUUACCUCCGUAAAAACGAAUGCACAUAGAAUUUAGUACUUUUAUGACUCAAUACGAGCAUGUGUUUAAAUCAUUGACAUUUUACUGGAAUUCUUGAUGUUGAUUUCGAGAAAGCAGAAAAUAUCUGAUUGUGACGUUCCUAUGACCUUUGUGAUCUCACCGAGUACCUAUUGUCCGUUUUAAACGUUUUGAGAGUAAAAGUAAACAAAGAAGUAGAUUUUAGAAAGUUUAGUGGUUAUACGGAGAUCCUUACAAAUAAGUCAAUCAACUGAAUUUUCGGGUUGCAAGUUAAAAAGUUAGACAAUAAGCAACCCGAUCAUUAGUUUAUAGUAGGUAACUGUUGCUGCUGCUGCUGUCGCCAUCCGCUUUAAGUGUUUUAUUUUCCGAGUCGUCAGCAACUCAAUUAAAGCACCAAUGUGACAAAUUAUUCCCCAUCUCAAAAAAAUUAUGUGUGUAAAAAAACAUUAAUUCAGUCUAGGCCUGCUACAAGCACUUGUGAAUGUCGUAAAGCUACGCCAUCCGUUCGCAAACCUAACAAUAGGGUAUUUGUUAGCAUCUGUAUUUAGAAUGAAUAUUGGUAGGAGUAUUUACUAUUUUUACAGAAAAUAUAUUCAUAAUUUUACUAAAAACCUACGAUAAAGAUAAUAGUUUUCUUGUCUAUUUUCACUUGACCCAAAACGCUUGGGAUUGGUGGAGCCUAAAAUGACGUCACACGCAAGUAAACUUCCGGUUAAAGUGACAUUAGAUUGUAUGGUAUGAGGUUUUAAUGACAGUCGUGUGACGUCACACACCAGUGAGACGCCAGUUUUUUUACCGAAAUACACAACAUAAUGCUGAAUGUCCACUUUUUAUUGACUCGAUAAACAUUAGUAAAUAACGUGAGGUCGUUUUCUAAAACUUGUCAAAUACCCUAUUCCUAAGUCUCGUUAUCACUCUUCUUUAGAUACUUAUUUUGUUUCGUAUGAUUUCACGUUCACGCACAUUCACCAAUCAUAUAAUAAAACUCAGAAAAGUUAAUAAAUGAAUUGGGCAUAAUAACCGUUCAAAAAAAGUUUUAUCAUACUUUUCUUCAGCUAAAAAAUAGAAAAAAGCGCAAGAGAUAAAGUUCAGGGUACGGUAAGACAAUAAGUCCCUGGAUAAAAUAAAAUAUACAGCAACAUCGAAUUGAAGGAUAACGUUUUCUUUACAUAAUACGCCCUCUAAACGUUUAUAAACACACAUAAUAGUAAUAGCACUUGCGGGGAUGGUAGAGCAUCAAGAUUUAUUCAAUAGCCAAACCUCAAUGACGCUAAUUUUAAAAAUAAAAAUAUUUGAUAGAGGUUCUGUGGAAAUACGAGAAAUAUCAUCGGUUACUAGGAUGGGUAAGAUUUAUUCUACCUACUCAUACUCAAAACAUAAUAGGAGGGGAGUUCAAGCUGAGAUUUUGGGAUUUACUCGAGCGCGGCAGAAUAACAUAGAGGACAACCUUCUACCUUAUGAAGUACUCUUCCUAGGUCCUAUUCGAAAGACUGACGAUUUGGACGCGACCAAAAGUCAUGGUCGAUUGUUGAAAUGAUUUUUUUGGCUGCCCUAUGCAUCCGACCCUAUAUAAAUGAUUCGGGUAUGGUAAGAGUACUUGACCUGGUGCAAGGUUGUCCUAUGUCCCCCUUAUGUUAUUCUGCCGCGCUUUGUACUUCCAACUUCAAACUCUUUAUUGGGUUCUUACAUUAAUUUAUUAUAAAUAUAAUACAUAUGUAUAUAUCUACUUAGUCACCUUGUAUAAAAAAAACAAAUAACGGAUGGUACUUACUUAAAUCAUAAUAAUGACAAUAUUUGAUAAGAAAAAAAAUGGAUUUAUUGGUUCAAACAAAACAUAGAAAUGUGUUCUGUGGAUUCAAAGCUUCAAAUCGCCAAACUUUAACAAAUGUGUGUACACGAAACUAAUUAACAGUUCGGGGUUGCCAGCGGCAUUCUUUCCCCAUAUGCCCUGAGUGGUUGAAAUGGCUGCGAUAAAAAUCUUUGCUCUCCACCCCAAGGGGGUACAGCUAGAUAUUAUAAGGGACAUCUUUCGCGCACAGAUAUAAUUGACACAUCGAAUUAAUAAUUCAUUGUUUAUACUUAGGUACUUACAUAUUCGACAAAACAAUUUUAUAAAAUGCUCAUCCAAAUUUUAAAAUAUGAAAAUUAUUAUGUAAAUAGGAUUAAAUGUACUUGUAAAUAUCUAUUUUAUAUAUGUUCCUACUUUAAUAAACAUACCAGAUCAAAGUACCAUUAAAUAUUACGCGUUUAUAUUUACUUGUAUCUACUAUCUAGUCACUUAAUCUAAACAAAACUGCUUAUAGAUAGAUAAUUAUUGUUAAAAUGUAAAGAUAGUUUUCUUAAAGCAGUAUUCUAACCGGCCAGUAUUAUUGUAGUAAUUAAGAUUUAAAUGGGAAAUUAAUAAAAUGUGGAAAUUAUAAAGCAAGUUUUUGUCUAACUUUGAUUUCACCUUCAUUAUACACAUAUUAAAACGUAAAAGGUAAGUUCUUACUAAGAAUAUAUUUAGUCUACAUAAACUUUACUUAUUCUGCAUCGUUUCAUGCAGUAUGUAUGAUAGCUUGCUACAUAUAUAGGGAUCUGUGAUGUAUGACGACCUAUUUAUGCUAGCUACCUAGAGUCUGUGCGGAAAGAGAAUGGAAUUUAGAUUGGAGGGCGCUGUAGUGCUUUU